UUUUCCCUGAUUCCCAUUGGCUUACGAUAGUUGCGUCCGGCCCGCGUGUGAGCGCGUGUCCUCUCCGUUGCCGAUAAGGAGAUAUUGUCCAUUGGAGCGACCCGGCCGGCGCUACAAGAACCCACGGUCCACACGACCAAGAACCAACCUGCAAAAGAACCAAACAGUUAGCCUGCCACGAGAACGUCAGGGAGAUCCAUCGAUCGAUCCAUGGAGCAGCAAGGCGACAUGACGCAGCAGCUGCCCGACGACGCGCUGGCCGGCGUCCUCGCCCGUCUCGCUCCACGCGGCAUCGCCGCGUCCCGUUGCGUCUGUAAGGCAUGGCGAGACAUCAUUGACGCCCGCCACAUACUGCGCGCCGAUCUCCUCCCUCUUUCAUUGGCCGGUAUCUUCAUUGACUUUAGGGAGCUGAGAUACUCCGAGUUCUUCUGCCGUCCACCACCACGGGAAGGCCUCGGGGUCAGGGAGAGGAUUGACUGCGGGGUGGUGGAUCACUGCAACGGUCUACUCUUGCUUUACGACUCCGUGGCUAACCCAGUCAUGGGGUGGGAGGAGCCUUUGCCGCCGCGGCCACCCCCAAGUCACGGGAUGGAGUACCAAUUCGAGGACAACUACCUCGUGUUUGAUCCUGCCACAUCGCCCCACUAUCAAGUGUUCCACGUACCCCUUGUACCUCAUGGCGAGACCGUGAUGGCAGAGUCAGAAUGGCCACCUUCAUCAUUUGUAAUGUGGGUCUUCUCGUCAGUGAAUGGACAAUGGGAGGAAAAGGCCUUCGUACGACAAGGGCCGCCCGCAGGGACUAUUGCUCAAUUGGCAGCAUUCCAAUGGUGUGAUACGCGCCAUGCCGUGUAUUGGCGUGGUGCGCUUUAUGUGCAGCGCGAACACCAUUUUGUCAUCAGGUUAUCGUUAUCAGAUAGCACAUACCAGGUAAUUAAACCGCCCAAUACUCUUCAAUCCGUGAGAGGCCAUGAUAGCUAUCUAGGAAAAUCCAAAAAGGGAGUGUACUAUGUACUAAUGUUUGGAAAUUCAGACCUUCAAGUAUGGGUCCUUGAAGAAUCACGUGAUGCAUAUGCUGAGUGGACGUUGGAGCAUGAUGUAGACCUUCAAGUACUAAUUCCACGUCUCAACUACCGCCCGCAAGCUUACGGGCCAUGGAUCUUGCAGGAUGUUAACUACAACGAAGAUAAGCGUAUCACUAUUUACAACGAUAAUGAAUCUACAAUAGUAGACCAGGAUUUUGAAUGGAACUCAGAUGAUGAUGCCCUAGACACUGAAGAUAUGGUUGACGAUAUGGUUGACGCAUGCAACCACAAUGGUGCUUCGGUCCUUGGACUCCAUCCUUUCAAAGAAAUCGUCUUCCUGAGCUGUAGCAUAAGUAGGGGAUUGGCGUACCAUUUGAGUACUUCCAAGCUUGAAGACAUCGGUAGCAUAUAUCCAAAAUAUUACCGUGAAGUUUCUGGCCCACAUAGAGAUAUUCAAGAUUUUUUUUCCAUACACACCUUGCUGGAUGGAGUAGCUCCCCAGUAAAACUUUAUUUUGAAGAAAGAACAACUCCCUCUGAUUGAUAAUUGCUGUCAUGGUUUUAGUGAAAACUUGUAUUGUGGUUAAGUUGGUGCAAGUUUGUACAAGACAAGAGAAAUAUAUAUUUUCUCAUUCUUAAGGACUCUGAUUUUCUGAUUUAUAUUGUUAUUGCUAGCAAAAUGAGGUAUUGUAGCAAUAUUUUAAUUGAAUAUUUUUAGGCCAUUGAGAAUUUUACGUUCUGACAACACCAAGUACGUUGAUUCGGAUCCUUCUCGACGUAUCCUCAU